AUGAGCAUCGACGCUGGCGGUGUUGCUCAAAUGACUUACCAGUCUCCCUUCAAUAACUCGAUUGGCGUCUCUGGUCCAGGAUUUGCGUCUCGUGGAAAAGGAUCUCAUAUCAAACGUCUCAGCGUUGCCCCUCCUCCAAAGAUCUCAACCAUCGACGAAACUGAGCAAGCAACCGUCAACUCGACUCCUCGUACCAGUCGUGGUCACCUUUUGGCUGGCCUUCGGACCGCCCCCAAGUCGGCCACGGUCGCUCCUGCCCACAACACGUCGGGUCUGGAAAGCAGCAGGUACGCUUCGCCGCAAUAUGGGAGCCGGAUCCCACAGACCGCCACUGGCACGCACUUUCCAGGCAACCGGAACUCGUUCAGGAACAGCUGGCACCCGGGUUACUCACUUCCCGAGCAAGUCCUUGCCCCUCCCGCUCUUGAUCUUGUCGACGGAGCAGACACCAUGGACCAGAACCUGUACGACGAAUUGGUAGCGACCAACAAUUAUCUUGCCCAACAGCAACGAGCUCUUCAGCAACAACUUUUGAGCGUCACUGCUGCAGCUCAGCAACUGGGCGGCCUCAAUCUGAACGCGGGGAUCAUGAACCAUGCUGGACAGCAGUUCCAAUCUCCUGUCGGAUCUCCCAUGAGCUUGUACACCCAGCAGUUCCAACAGGGCUUGCAGCCCGUCGUUCAGCCAGUUCCAGGUAGUCCGGGAGUGUUUGCAGUCUACAACCCCAUGACCGGUCAAUCCAACUUAGUCGUCGACAAUUCGCUUCAGCAGCGACAGGAAGUGUCCCCCAUGGGUCGUACCCAUUCUAUCUCGCCUCCCCCUGCCACCACUGGCUAUCAGCGCCAAUUCAAUGAGACUUCCUAUUCGUUGACAGAGAGUCGCUCGAAGACCCCUCCUAAGUCGACACCAUCCCCGCAGCAAGACGUCGAACCCUUACCACCUCCAUCUGCCAACGCUUUCCGACGAGGUCACCGCAAGAACAUGUCUUCCGUCAAUGUCAAGACCACGGGCGAAUGGACAAAGGCACCAGGGUUGAGGCCGGCAGGCUUCCCACAGACCCCUGCCACAGGUAGCUUCGGUCCCGGACAAGGCAGAGUGGGAGAGCAUCCGAUCAGACAACCACGUGGACCACCAUUGCUGCAAGAACUUCAGGAAAAGCCUACUGCCAAGCAUGAAGGGAGCAAGAACUUCGCCACUCGUCAACGCCGCCGAGCCGUUCAUGACUUGGUUCGUGCUGGCCGUGAACGCCGCAGUGAUGGGCGUCAAUCUGGCUCUGGCGCUGGAACGCCAGGCAGCGAGAACGAGUUCAACUUCUCCGUCUCAUCCGACAACGAUUCCGUGCUUGCUGGCAGCACUAGCCUGUCCAGCAAGCCUAGCCUUGGUAGUCUUCGAGCUGCUGCAAAUGGUGCCAUCGGUUCGGAAAUCAAGGAAAAGUCUAGGGAGCGAACCUCGGUUGACAGUGUCGAAGCGAUCAGUGCUAGAAGCUUGAGCAGCGACGAGGGCAAUCCGGUUGGAGGAUCAUUUGUUGAAGUUGAGCCCAAAAGACGCAACACUCCGCGCCUCGUCCUUAGCAACGCUGAGAAGCGCAAGAGCUUCAUUCUGUGA